AAUUAAAUUCAAACGGCAAAAAAACUCACACACACUAACAUUAUCAAAGCCAUCUUCAAUUAAUUAAUUUGAAAUCAAUUAAUCGAAAAAAAAUGAAACUUUUGAAAAAAAUUCGUCGUAUAGCUUCACAAAAAAAUCUUUCAUUUGGACAAAAUGGACAAAAUUUGGCAACAAAUAAUCUAUCACCAAUUGGAUUUCAUUCAGUACAUGGUGAAAAUAUUCGUAUCAACGGAAAUGGAAUGAUUGCUGAACGUAUUGGUAGCUAUUGUCGUGGUAUUUGUUUUAGUAAUCGUCCAAUACGUUUUAAUGAACGUAUCUGUAUACGUAUUGUUGAAAUGUCUGAUUUUUGGAGUGGUGUAUUACGAUUCGGUUUUACAACAAAAGAUCCGACAACAUUAAGAAAUUCAUUGCCUAAAUAUGUUUGUCCAAAUCUAACAAAUUGUGGUCAUACAUUUGCUAAAGCAUUACCCGAAAGAUAUUCACAUAAAAAUUGUAUAUUAUCAUUCUAUCUAUCAACAAACGGAAAUAUUCAUUAUAGUAUAAAUAAUGUUGACAAGGGUAUUAUACUUGAAAAUGUUAAAAUUAAUGGUGGACCAUUUUGGGCCGUCAUCGAUCUAUAUGGUAAUACGCAGAAAAUUGAACUAAUUGAUCCACGAUAUCAACCAAAUAAUAGCCGUAAUAAAAACAUGUACAUCGAACCUGAACGUCUGUACACAUCCGUUUCAAUGAUGGAUCUACCAAAUGAAAUGUCACAUGAACCAUUACCACAAAUUUAUUCAAAUAAAUUUCUUGAACAAUCAAUUCAAUUCCAUAGAACUCGUGGCUGUAAUGUACGACUUUCAAGUAAUAAAUGUGUAGCUGAACGUAAUAGUAAUCACUAUUCACAAGGCUAUGUAUUCACAAAUCGACCAUUGGCAAUUGGUGAGAAAAUUGUAUUGCAAAUUCUGCGUACGGAUGAAAUGUUUACUGGAAGUUUAACAUUCGGCCUUACAUCAUGUAAUCCGAAUUUUUUGAAUGUUGCCGAUUUUCCCGAAGAUUCACACCAUCUAUUAGAUCGUCCCGAAUAUUGGACUGUAAUCAAAGAUGUAGCCAAUUCACCGAUGGCUGGUGAUGAAAUUGCAUUCACUAUUACAGAAUCUGGUGAAGUUAUAAUGACUAAAAAUCGUCAACGUUCAAUCACAUUGAUGCAUGUUGAUAUAAGUCAAAAUUUAUGGGGCUUUUUCGAUCUAUACGGAAGUACGCUUAAAGUUCGAUUACUAGGUUCACAAACAAUGAAUCAUCAUAAAUCACAUUUGAAUCUUGCCAACCAUCAUCAUUCCAUACAAUCAAAUCGACCAUUAACUAAUGCCAUAUCUAUGCACAAUGUUUAUAAAUCAUCACAAAUGGAAUAUUCUCCAGCAUUAAAUCCUGAUCAUCAUCAUCAUUAUAACCAACAUCAAUCAUAUCAACCGAAAAAGAAAUCAACCAUAAUGACAACACAGCAACCAAAUUGGCCAUACGUUGCAUAUCCAACCAUACAACGACAAAACAAAGCAAAUGCAAACAAAAAAGCCUUUGAACAUAAUUAUAAUUAUAAUAAUGAUUAUCAUCAUGUUGAUGGUAAAUUGUAUAAUCAAAUUUCAAAUAAUUUAACAAAUUCUACAUCAUUAUCAUCAACAUCAUCAACAACAGCGACAACAUUCGGUAAUGAAUGUGUUGUUUGCUAUGAAGAACCAAUCAACAGUGUAUUCUAUACUUGUGGUCAUGUUUGUAUGUGUUAUAAAUGUUCUGUAAAACAAUGGCAAACAUCUGGCCAUUGUCCUAUUUGUCGUGCAAAAAUUGUCGAUGUUAUACGAACGUACUGGUCAUAAUCAUUAUAAAUUAUAUUCAUCUAAAAUAAUGGGCAAUUUCUUUUUCAUCUUAUUUAUAU